CCGAAAAGACGUGGUCGUUCUCAAAAACCACGACCUAUCGUUCCCGCUGGCCCUCUACCCAAUCAGCAGCCGGCGAUUUCCUCUCAGGUUCAACCGCAAUCUUCGACUACAAAUGACACUCCGGUGUUUGUGCAAUAUGUAAUUCCAACGAGUAACAACAGUGGCAUCGUCGAUGCGAGUUCUCAUUUGCCGCCUGCAUCGAAAUCUUCGCACGCAACUAGACCUCGAAAAAAUAGUUCUGUUGGUGGUGGCAAUGUUCCCUCUGCCCCAAAACGCCCUAGAAAGCAAAAGGAUAAUAGUAAUGUUUCGGUAAAUGGCAUUCACGUUACUGGGGAGGAGAAUAAGAAUAAUAAACAGUUCCCAGAUUCCCUUCAAUUACCUCCCGCGGUUAUCAAUAAUUCCGAAGGUUCCCUUUCCUCUUCAUUCGCGACAAUGUCCACUAGCCUUGGAACUUCGACAAUUCCAAACCGUAAGCGUGAGCAUCCUGCGCCAAGCCCACCAAGAAAUACUUCUGCAAAGUCCUCACCUUCACAUAUGGAAGCCGUCUUUAUUCUACAAUCGCUCAAAGAGGGUGAAGGGUCAAAGAGUCCCCCCACUGAGGUUUUCGCGAGUCCCUCUGCCACUCCGAAAAUUGUUGGCGUAAAGGAGGAGGUUACCAAACAAGUUUCUGAAGAGCCAAAGGUCGAUCAAUUCGAAAAUUUGGUUGCGACAAAAGUUCGAGAACUAUCACUUGACGAAAUCGAUCAAUUUAAAGGAAAGGAGGACGUUACUGUCAAAUCACCAUUGAUUCUUUCCGAGGAUCUCGCAAAAAAUUCGAGGAACGGCGGGGCCGUCAAAUCAACUUCGACCCCUAAUAAAACGAAAAAGAAAGGUUUCAACGGUGGCAAUAAUAGUC